AUGCUCGUCCUCAAGCAGAUCGCAUUUCUCCUCCUGCCGCUCGUCUCGCACCUGGCGAACGCAUAUCCGAUUUCGGCCCAGGACCGACCCGUCACGGACCGGGACCUGGUGAGUGGUGCGGCAGGUGCCGACGACGACCACCGCCUGAAACGGCGCGCAGAGCCGGCCGGCAACAAAUCCCGAUGGUCGUCCAGUUCCUCGUCCGGCCGAUCUAGCAUCGAUGCGGAGCCGGCCGGGUCCCAGGGCCCGCAGCACUCCAGGAUGGACUCGGAAGGUAGCCAAAGGACCGAAGCCAGCAAUAUUCUGAAGAAUUACGUAAUCAUUGAUUCUACAUACCCAACAAAGGAUACACCGCCAAGCCCAGUGCCCGAAAAUCCGGGGGAAAAGCCCAUGGAUCUUGGCAAGCCCCUGGAUCUGAACAAGCCCCUGCCCAAGACCCCCAGUGAACCCGGGCCGAAGAAACCGCGUCUGUUUUCCAAGCUCGGCUCAAAAAAUUCACAGCCGAACCUGAAAGAUAAAACCAAUAGGCCGACUAUAAGCAGGCCGACUCUGCAGGAGAGCUCGACAGGAUUCUCUGAAAAAGACUCCAAGGAACCUGCUCCCAUGGGAAAGUUGCCGCAAAAGCCUGGCAAGCCCACAGGCCAGCAGAGUCUGAACCAGGGCUCUUCGAGCUCUCGGAAACAUGGCAACGACAAAAAUUUUGAUGGUGGGUUCAUUUAA